AUGGACUCGCUUUGGUUCACCAGCCCGAAGGAAACUAGAACUGCGAGGAGGGGACUAAAGCUGCUGCACCAGGUGGUGGCGACGGUUGGGACAAUGUAUGGGGACCGACUUACAAUAAGUGCAAUGGGAGCAUUUAUUUGCAAAUUCUCACAUAUUACAUAUAUCUCCAAAUGUUAUGACUGA